CCAACAGUCUUGUUCCGAAUUCGAAGAAGAACAAACGGUUUUUGUUUCUCCACUCAAGUCUAGGUUAUGAGAUAAGCAUUUAACAGCAAAGAUAACAUCUUCAUCACUGAGCAUAACAAGCUUUCGUGAAAGGAAAAAUCUCUGCUUUGUUAAACAGGUCUUGGAUUCUGAGAGAUGACUUCAUCAAAUUUGCUACUUGAGGUUCACUUCUUCCGUAUUCCAAAUCUGUCUCCAAAGCAGGCUAAUCUCUGUUAUGGAGUCCGUUUGGUGAAUCCUGUAUCUUGCGGAAAAUUGUCUUGUUUAGAUUGGAAGAAAGAAAUUGGGCUAAAAAGGGAUGUUUAUAUGAGAUGCCAGACUAGUGUGUGCAUUGACCAUGUUGAUGAUCUUGAGGAGAAGAGAAGCUCAGAGUUCCAUCACUAUGGUGUCGGUAAUAAUAACUUCAGAGCCAAAGUGAAGUCGAGCAAGCAUCUAGGUUCUUCGGGUUUAUCAUCUGAUGGACCACUUAUCGAGAACGAAGAAGAGACGAACAAUGAGAUCCUUCAUAACCUGUGCAGCUACGGGAAGUUAACUGACGCGUGCAAACUUGUCGAGAUGAUGGCACGUCACAAUCAGGUUCCUCAUUUUCCUUCUUGCACAAACUUAGUCCGUGGUCUAGCCAGAAUCGAUCAAAUGGACAAAGCAAUGGGUAUCUUGAGAAUAAUGGUGAUGUCUGGUGGGGUUCCAGAUACCAUUACAUACAACAUGGUCAUUGGAAAUCUUUGCAAGAAAAGGCAUUUGAGAUCUGCAUUGGUCCUCUUAGAAGAAAUGAGUUUGAGUGGGAGCUCUCCAGAUGUGAUCACAUAUAACACAGUGAUACGGUGUAUGUUCGAUCAUGGGAAUGCUGAGCAAGCCAUUGGGUUUUGGAAGGAUCAACUGCGGAAUGGUUGCCCUCCAUAUAUGAUUACAUACACGGUUUUGGUCGAACUCGUGUGCAGGUACUGUGGAAGCGCUCGAGCUAUGGAGGUUCUAGAAGACAUGGCAGUGGAAGGUUGUUAUCCUGAUAUCGUCACAUAUAACUCUCUGGUAAACUAUAACUGCAGGCGAGGGAAUUUAGAGGAGGUGGCUUUGGUUAUUCAGCAUAUUGUAUCUCAUGGAUUGGAACUGAAUACUGUAACUUACAACACUCUUCUACAUUCCCUUUGCUCCCACGGGUACUGGGAUGCAGUGGACGAGAUUCUAAAUAUCAUGUACCAGACUUCCUACUGCUGUCCAACGGCUAUCACUUACAACAUCCUGAUCAACGGUUUCUGCAAAGCCGGGCUUUUGAGUCGUGCAAUCGAUUUCUUCUACCAAAUGCUGGAACAAAAGUGCUUGCCUGACAUUGUCACUUACAAUACAGUUCUAGGGGCCAUGUCCAAAGAGGGAAUGGUCAAUGAGUCGAUAGAGUUACUUGCAUUGCUAGGAAACACGAGGUGCUCGCCGGGAUUGAUAACUUACAACUCUGUAAUCGAUGGGUUGGCUAGAAAGGGUCUGAUGGAGAAAGCAUUGGAGCUGUACCAUCAGAUGCUAGAAGCUGGAAUCUUUCCCGAUGAUAUAACCCGUCGUUCUUUGAUUUAUGGUUUCUGCCGGGCAAACCUAGUUGAAGAAGCAAGUCAAGUUUUAAAGGAGACGAGCAAUAGAGGGAAUGGAAUCAGAGGUAGCACUUACAAGUUGGUGAUUCAAGGGCUAUGCAAGAAUAAAGAGGUGGAAAUGGCGUUACAGGUUGCUGAGAUUAUGCUAACGAGUGGAUGUAAGCCAGAUGAGACGAUAUAUACCACAAUAAUUAAAGGCGUGGAAGAGAUGGGAAUGGGAAGUGAGGCUGAUCAGUUGCAGAAGAAGCUGAAGCAAUGGAAACUCUUGAGAGAAAUGUAGAAAACGUAUUCGAAGCGUUUCUUUUGUUGGUUCUUUUUGGCCUUUUGUACAGGAAACCAGUUUUGUAAGUCGGCAAUGGUUGAAUUAGAUAGCUUAGGCCUCCAAUUACACAAGUACGUUUCAGUGUACUGUCACAUUUCUGGUCACUCUUUUGCCCUUGCCUUUUUUUUGUAUUGUAUUAUCCACAGCUUCAAAUUCGACUUUUACGUUA